ACGUGUUCGCCAGUGUGACUGUGCAGAGCUGUGCUGUGCUCCGCUGCUGCUGGGAGCGGCUUGUUUAGAGCUGCUCAGGUACUCAGGCGGACUGAAGGUGUGUUCCUGCUGAAAAUCACGGCGUUGAGACUGAGAGACCGGCGCUUGUUGGGAAGCAGCACUUUAUCAGAAGGAUGACCAGCCGCUCCAGACCUGGCUAUUACCGGCAGGAGGUGAAUAAGACCGUGUGGGAAGUACCUGAGCGCUACCGGGACCUGCGGCAGGUGGGGACGGGGGCGUACGGUACAGUAUGUUAUGCUCUGGACUGCAGGACUGGGACAAAGGUGGCCAUCAAGAAACUCCAUCGACCAUUCCAGUCAGAACUUUUUGCCAAGAGGGCCUUCAGAGAGCUCAGAUUGCUCAAACACAUGAAGCAUGACAAUGUUAUUGGACUCUUGAACGUGUUCACUGCAGACCUGUCACUGGACAGAUUCCAGGACUUCUACCUGGUGAUGCCCUUUAUGGGUACUGAUCUUGGUAAACUGAUGAAAAUGGAGCGACUUACAGAGGACAGAGUUCAGUAUUUGGUGUAUCAAAUGUUGAGAGGGCUCAAGUAUAUCCAUGCUGCUGGUAUCAUUCACAGGGACCUCAAGCCAGGCAAUCUCGCCAUCAAUGAAGAAUGUGAGCUUAAGAUCCUGGAUUUUGGUCUGGCCCGGCAGGCAGAUAGUGAGAUGACUGGGUAUGUGGUCACACGCUGGUACAGAGCCCCUGAGGUCAUCCUGAGCUGGAUGCACUACACACAGACCGUGGACAUUUGGUCUGUUGGCUGUAUCAUGGCAGAAAUGCUGAUGGGAAAACCGCUGUUCAAAGGGAACGAUCACCUGGAUCAGCUGACAGAAAUCAUGAAGAUCACUGGAACACCCACACAGGAGUUUAUCUCCAAACUGCAAUCUCAGGACGCUAAAAAUUACAUCCAGCGGAUGCCGAAGCUUAAAAAGAAAGAUCUUCAGGCUUUGAUGCCGGGUGUCAAUCCUCAAGCAAUCACUGUGCUGGAAUCGAUGCUGCUGCUAGACCCAGACAGCAGGAUAAGGGCAGCUGAAGGCUUGGCUCUGCCCUACUUUGCUGAGUUCCGUGAACCCGAGGAGGAGACUGAGGCCCUGCCUUAUGACCACACUCUGGACAACGCAGAGCAGUCUCUGGCCCAGUGGAAAAGACACACAUUCAACGAGAUUCUUACCUUCAAGCCUCCACCAGUAGGGCCUGAGCCAAAGGAGACGUCCCUCUGAUCAGAACUGUUGCACCUUUAACUCCUCCCCGUCUUCGACCGAAUGUGCCUUUGCGCUGUCUGUGUGCUACUGUAUGUCUGCAUGUAAGGAAUAAGCCAUAUGUGUGCUUUGUUUACUUCUGUUGUCCAGCAUGUUCUGCUGUUGUGGUUAAUACUCAUGGUGAUCAUCAUCUCCACAUGCCUUUAUUGCUCAGGUACAGGUACCUAAUAAGAAUGUAAGGAUGAAUCACUGUGUAAUGAUACUGCUUGUUGAUUUUAGAAAACACGCUUAAAAACUAAGGUGCUACAAAGGGUUGUUUAAAUAAUUCAAUAGAAGAACCAAUUUUGUUUAAAAAAAAAAAAAAAAAACAUAAUUGUAUUUGGCUAUGUUCAGACUGCCAGCCCAAAUCUGAGUUUUGGCAUGUCAAGGUUGAUUGAUAGUUCAUAGUCUGGACAGUCAGAAUUGACAUAAAAUUAGAUUUUUGCAAAUCCGUUCCAAACCACAUUGGCUAUGUUAAGAUUGCAAGCACAGAUACAUUUUUUGGAAUGUCUAAAUUGUAUCUUGAUUGAAUUUUGGUAGUCUGGUCAGCCAGAAACCACAUGAAAUCUGAUUUUAACUAAUCAGAUCCAAACCACAUUGGCUGUCUCUAGACUGCCAGCAAAAAUUCUAUUUGUGGCAUAUCGAGAUUGUACCCACAUUUAUUUUUGUAUUGUCUGGUCAGCCAGAAACAUCAUGAAAUCCAAUUUUGGCAGGUUGGAUCCAAACAACGUUGGCAGUCUGAAGCCCACAGCCGAUUUUUGGAAUAUCUUAAUUCUAUCUAGAUAGAUUUCUGACAGUCUGGACAGCUGGGAGCUAGGUGAAAUCCUAUUUUGGCAUAUCUAGUUUAUACCCAGAUCGAUUUUUGAUUUCUGAUUUUCCUUUUUUUUUUCAGACCUUAAUUGUAUCUAGAAAGAUUUCUGACAGUCCGGUCAGCCAGAAACCACAUGAAAUCUGAUUUUGGCCGGUUGGAUCCAAACCACAUUGGCAGUCUAAAAACUGCCAGCGUAAAUACGAUUUUUGGAAUAACUUGAUUGUAUGCAGAUUGAUUUUUGAUAGUCUGCACAUACUGAAACCACAUGAAAUCAGAUUUUAUCUAAUCUUGUCCAGACCACAGUUGAAGGUGGUUUAAAAUGCAAUUGUAAUCGGAUUUUUACAGAUGCGUGUCAGUCUGGAUGCUCAGAUCAGAUUUCAACAUGUAAUUUGCGUCGCUCGCAAAACAACAAACAACAGCUUCAUUAAAUCCAGGGCGUUGGAAGUGCAGGGGCCCAAAAACAGCUCUAAAGGUUAGUUUAUGACAACAAUCGUAUUACCACAGUAAGCCAUGCAGAUGCGUUUGUAAUGUCCAGAUACACAAAUUCAACCUGAUCACUUGCAAAUAACUGGCAUUUGAUUUGAUUUGAUUUGAUAAAACAAAUGCAUUUUGACAGCAGUCUGAACACAGCCAUAGAUAUGUAUAAACGUGUAGAGUGUAAACAGCAUUCUCCAACUUACUCACCUAUAUUAAAAACAUGAUUCUAUACAGAGCCAAAAGUGUUUUUUUAUUUUUGGAAGCAUCACUCAUUGCUGUAGCUCCAGCUAAAAAGGUGUGAGACAUAAGGCGAAACUUGAUUUUAAUACCUGAAUACAACAGAUGAUAAUUAGAACACUGGCAUAAAUUAAUGUAUUUGAUUAUGUGUUUUGUUUUGAUGAUUCUCUUAAAGAACCUAGUUUACACUCUUGAGUUUGAAUUUUCACUCCACGGUCCGUGCAUGUGUUUUUUUACAUUGUAUACAUUUGGUCGGGUUAGUUCUGGUUCACCUACGUGGGUUGUGUCCUGCCUUGCAAAAUGUUGCCAAGUCAGUCAGUUGUCAUUUCAGUCGUUUUGACAAUUUAUGCCGAAUUAUGCCUCCCUACCAGAAUCUGAUUCCCUAGUGCAUCUCCAUCAUACAGCAGUAUGUGCGCAACAGAUUACCCUCAGAUUCCUUUUAUUUCUGUUUAUAAGUAAUGGUUAAUCUACUGUUACAGUAGAAACAAGAGUCAUGAUACAGCACACAAAAUCUGCUAAAUGCACUCUUCAGACAUCUCUGAAAACUGUGUGGGUAUGGUAAUUAUAUUCUAAUGAAUUUGCGUGACUGACAGCUAUCUCACUGGCAAAUUGCAUUACCAUGGCAAUGCACACAGGCUUGAGAAGGAGAAGCUGCGUUGUUUUCUGGCUGUGCUUUUUUUUUUAGCUUUUUGUUUUAGCUUACACAGACUUGAAGAAAGGGCGGAGCUAUAAUAGCUUUUAGACCCACUUUUAGACACACCCAUUCUACAUCCGGAGAAGAGAUGCUUGUGAUAUACAGCAAACAUUUGUUAGACUUAAAAAAAAUAAUAUGUACAUUUACACAGGUGGACCAAAUGAGCCCAAUUAACUCAAUUAGAAGAACAACUCAGAUACCAGAAACCAGCAGCUUUAAACUGCAGUGUGAAGCCAAAACAAACUGGACCAACUAUAUACAAUGUAAAAAAGACUUGAACCUGGUUUGACUCCGGUCCAGACUUUCAGGUGUGAAAAUGCCCGGAGACAAUCCGUUCAGUUAUAUAUGUAGCUUUGAUAAACCACUUUUUUAAAAAUACAUUUUCCAUGUUGUGACCAAGUAUCUGACAAAUCUCUAUUAAAACAUGUUCCUUAUUAAGAUA